GUCGUGGAUUUGUCUCCUCGGACCUGAAACCGACAUUCGCGUCGGUGUCUCAUGAGCGCUGUCCCCGUAGGCUUUCCCCUGUAUGGAGGCAUCCCAAGAAACGCGGCUGGCUCAUAUUGCGGUCUGUCAUCUCCCGGGUGUUGCUAGGGAACUUCUCAGAGUCCAGGGCAGUAGCCUAUAUAUAUGUAUGUAACAAUGUAGUAAUCGUGAAAGGCCAAGUAUAACAUGUAAACCUAUAGUCCUACUUUAUUCCACUCUUCAAAACCUUUUACUUCAACCUCACUCCUAGUGUAUUUCAGUUCUAAUGCCCAAUGUGCCACAUUCAACGCCUCUGCAGGACAUGGCAACAAUAACUCAGCUUCCCGCAGAGCUUCUGCACAAGGUCUUUGCCGAGUUCUUCAACGUCAGACGUUAUACCUUUGACCUGAACGAGCCCCUGUUCAAGGUGGACGACGACGACCUGGCGACUCUGGCGGCGGCCUCGCAGACUUGCCGGCCAUUUCACGACGUUGCCUCGCCCCUUGUGUGGAAACAUUUCUGCCUGGACCGCCACAGGCGCAAACCCUACCCGACUAUCCCGCAGCUCGUUGCUCUCGUCAGGCUCUGGCACGAGCGGCCCGAGAUCGCAGCACACGUCCACACCUUCCACCUGUCCCCGAUAUGUCACAGCGCCCCAAUCACCAAAGAAGACGACAUCGCAUUUAUAGCAAGCGUUGUGCAGGAACUCGGCCUUCCUGCCCCCCAGUUGCACGAAGCCGUCAACGGCUUCCACUUCAUCGCAGCUCUUUUGGUCCUGAUGGCGCGGAAUGUGAGGGUUCUGAGCAUGUGCACCUUUGAUAACGGCCUGUUCAGAUACAUGCCCGACCCGGGGGAAACAUCCGUUCGCCUCGAGCACCUAACCCGUUUUCAAUUUCAGUCUGGCCCAUUCGUUGAGGGACGAACCAACCACACCAUAUCCGAGAUGAAACCCCUGUUGCGACUCGCCCCGAAUCUCGAGGCGCUCGAGGUUUCGUCUGUUCACCUCGGUCACGGCGAUGUCGACUGGGACGGGAUCACCUCGUUGCAUCUCAGGGGCGCCAGUAUUGACGAUGCGGUCAAGAUCAUCAGGUCUUGCCGCGGGCUGAAGGGGUUCAUCUUCUCACCAUACGAGGUCUUCGCCCCUCCGGACGAAAUCCUAUCAGCUCUCUCGAUGCAUGCGAGCACCCUCAGAAAGCUGAACAUGGCUUUGCAGGUUAACUCAGUGGCCACGUUCACCAGUCUCGAGGAGCUUUCGGUUUCCGCGAGUUACAUGGGGAGAGGGGAAGACUGUAUCCUCCAGGAGUUACCUCAAAGCCUGAAACUCCUAGAAAUUCACGGCAAUCCCGAGAAUUACCCCAAAGAGAUGGAGUCUCUGCUCCUCAAGAUUGCGGGUAGAGGGUAUCCCAAUCUCGUAAAGGUAUGGCUAUCUGCCUGGUACUGCGAUUGCGAUCGCCGGGGGUCGUGCGGUAGACAGUCACCAUGUGAUGGCGGACGAGGGAGACGUGAUCUUCAUGAGCUUUUUCUUCUGACUGGUGUUUCUUGCGAAUUCAGGUAACUAGAAAGCACG